GCCGGAGGAGAGGGACUGUGCCAGGGGGUCUGCGGCCUUCCGUGUCCCGACGGCGCGGGAGGGGCUCGGGGACAGGCCCUGGCACCCGGCGAUGCUCAGCGUCUCCUCAGCUAGCCCAGGGCCGGGCCGCGGGAGGGCCCUAGGGGGCUCUGGCCUGCAGCUUCCGGAAAGCCGAAGUCAGGGCGGGAGACUGCGAGGGGCGGUCCUCACCUCAGGGCACCCUGGGCCGGGCGCUGUGAGGACUGGGGGCGGCUCCAGCUGACGGGGCGGGGCGGCUUGUCCCUCUCAGCAUCCCGGCCUGAAAGGCGCCGCCUUCCCGCCGCCUCUGUCCCUUCUUCCUUUGUCUGGACGCCGGCAAGGGCCGCUGUGGGCGCAGGAUGAGCAGCGGCAGCGCAGGCGGCGAUGGUCGGGCAGCGGCUCUCUCCGCCCGGGGCUCCCGCAUCGCCAGCGGCGCCCGGGGCCUGCUGGACAAAGGCUUCGACUUGUACAUCGCGGACCCCUUCGACCGGGACCGCAACCCGCGGGGCAUUUUGAAUUUGGGAACAAGCGAGAACAAACUUUGCUAUGAUUUAAUACAGGAAAGACUCACAAGACCUGACAUGAACUAUCUGGAACCUCAACUUUUGCAAUAUUCUGAUACACAAGGCAUUGAAAGCUUCAGAGAAGAAAUUGCCAAAUUUCUCACUGAGUAUGCCAAAGCUCCAAAAGCACUGAAUCCAGAGCAUAUAGUUGUUAUGAGUGGCUGUUGUGCUGUCUUUGCUACCCUUUCAACUGUGUUAUGUGAUCCUGGAGAUGGGUACCUUAUUCCUACUCCAUAUUAUGGUGGAAUAAAUUCAAAAACCUGGCUGUAUGGUGGAAUACAACCUGUCCAUGUGCCUUUGUUUAGUGAGGUGACUGAUGAAGAAAGUCACCCUUUUCAAUUAACAGUUGAAAAAUUAGAGGCUGCCCUACAGAGAGCUAAAGAACAGGGCAUCCGAGUCAGAGCAUUAAUCCUGAUCAACCCUCACAAUCCAUUAGGGGACAUUUACCCAGCACAGUUACUGAAAGAAUGUCUAGAGUUUGCGCACAGAUAUCAAUUACAUGUAAUAAUAGAUGAAAUAUAUAUGCUGUCUGUGUACGAUGAUACCACCUUCACCAGUGUUCUUAGCUUAGAUUGUUUACCAGAUCCAGAACGGACACAUUUUAUGUGGGGCUUUAGCAAGGAUUUUGGUAUGUGUGGUAUCAGAGUUGGAGUGUUGUACACCAGAAGUCAUGAAAUUCGGAAAGCCGUGAAUCAACUGGCUGUUUUUCAUGGGUGUCCUGGGCCUGUUCAGUAUGUUCUGAGCCAGUUUCUUAGUGAUAGAGAUUGGCUGGAUAAUGUGUAUUUUCCUACCAACAAAAAAAGACUUAAAGAAGCACAGAGUAUUCUUGUGGAUGGUCUUGCAGAGAUUGGAAUACCUGUCUUCAAAAGUUCAGGAGGAUUAUACAUAUGGGCAGACUUCAGAAAAUUCCUAAAAUCACAGACAUUUGAAGCUGAAAUGGAGUUAUGGUGGAAGUUCCUUGAUGAAAAACUCCUCAUUAGUCCGGGAAAAGCCUUUUGCUGUUAUGAGCCUGGAUGGUUUAGAAUGGUCUUCUCAGACUCUGUAGAUAAGAUUUACUUGGGUAUACAGAGACUUGAGCAAAUGCUGCAAACUGAAACUGCUGAACCAGUUGCAAAUAAAACAUCUGCUGAAGAAGAUGAGUUAUCUAAUUCAGAAGAUGAAACUUCAGUGAAUCACGCAAAUACAUCAUUAGAUGAAGUUUCAGAAACCUACUCAGACAUGAAAAAAAUUGUUGUCUAUUAAAAUCUUAUCUGAAAUUAGAGACUAAACAAAACAUGAUAUAGCAUGCUUGUGUUUAUUAAAAUUGUUACUUUGGCUGUAAUACUAUAGGACAGUCUCACUUUGCUGUAGCCUGUGGUUACUAAUUUGCAAGCUGGACUGGUAGAAUAUUAGUAACUUGGCCCCUAUCCUGACUUUAGCCUCUAUUCUAAAAGCACUAAAGCCCACUUUUUAAGCAUUCUGUUAAGUACCAUUAAAGUCAGUGGGUCUUAAGCAUGUGCUUAAGUGCUUUGCUGAUUAGAGUGGGUUUGCUUACUCAGGGCCUUAAUGAAUCUUCAACACAAUAUUUUAUAUUAUGGAGUAUAUAUUUUAAUCAGAAGACUGAAAAUGUUGAACUAGCUGAUACUGGUUGUCAAAUUUUACUCAGUUUGUCAGUUGACAGACAGAUGUGUAUAUAAAAUCUACAUGGGGACUUUUUAAGAUGGUUAAAAUAAUUCAGACAUGAGCUUUCUGAAUAUGCACACCAGUGUAAAUACUAGUUUAGGAAAUAUUCAGUUUUUUGGCUUCCAUGUUUCCUUUCAGAUGUGUAAAAAAUGCUUAUUUAUAUAUUAUAAUAUUUGCAUCUUUUUGUUGCAAAAACAUAAGUCCUUUGGAUCAGUUUUUCUCAUAAAAUAUAAAUGUAAAUAAAUUUAGAAGUAUGUCGUAUGCAUUCAUUGUGUUGGACCAAAGUUUAGACCUAUAUUUGUAGAUUUAAUUCAUAGCUUUAUUUAUUUUAGGAAUGGGAACAGGGAAAUUGAAAUUGCAAAAUCAAAAGCCUUCUCUUUUACAGAGAAUCUCUAUAGGAAAAAAAGGACUUUCCAUAGCAUUUAAAAUCCCAUUAUAGGUGGUGGUUGUCGUGCCACCAAUAUUUAGACAAACUUAACACUUUCCGCUAUAAAAUCCUGUCUUUAGUUGCCCGCCCUUGCACCACCCCUUCCUCCUGAGGCCCCACCCUAACACCGCCCCUUCCUCCUGAGGCCCCGCCCCCCAUCGCUUGACCUUACAGCCAGCAAAAGUGGGAGAGCAUAGCCCUCGCACUUUUAAAGGGGGUGGGCAUGGCCCCCUGGCCCCACCUGUUCCAGCGCCCCUGGCUGGGGUAGAGAGGCAUAAGUGCACUGGAUCCUGGACUCUCAAGUUGUAACAUUCCUGUGACUACUAUCUAUUAGCUGUGAAUCCCACUGGCAAAUGUUUCUUCACUUUCUCACGAAGGUCAACAUGGGUCCACAUAACAGAAUUUCUGUUUUGGCUUGGGGGUUGGGGUGGGGAAGUGGCUGCUUUUUAAAAAUAUAAGAAAUUAAAUUUUAAAAGAGACAAAACAUUAUGGUUACACGGUCAAGCAGUCAAAAGUUAAGAAAUGUCAGAAUUAAGGCACCCUGUGCAGUCUUAAUGUAGCCCCCUUGUGCAUAUGCACAAUGGAUACAGGCUUUACAUGAUCAUAUGCUACUUUUCCACAGGACUCUGCUUCAUACAGUGCACAAGAUGGAUGGUGCUCCCUGCAUGGUUUAAUAUAGGAGUACUUAACUUUGCAUCUUUAAUGGUAGGGAUUUUUAUGUAAUACUAAUAUAAGUAGGCUUGGAAGGAUUAGAUUUUUAGCAGUAAAUGCCAGUAACCAUCAAUUCCAUGGUACACACAGAGACUAAUGAAAAAAUGUUUCCAUCAAUAAUAAUUGAAAUGUACAGAUAGGCAAAGUAAGAAAAAUGCUGCUUGAGAACUUAUUAGCAUUUGAUUUAAGAAUAUUUUAUAAAUUUUGAUAUGUGAUGACAACGUUUUUAACAGUUAUAAAGCUUUAACUUUUUGAAUCUCAACAUCUACUGUUGUUAAAUUAUUGUCUGACGCUCCCUACUAGUUAAAUUGAUUUAAAACAAUUUAAAAUGCUUAAAACGCAAAACUUUGCACAACUGUAAACAUUUAAAUGGAUAAAAAGUAAAAUUGCAUAAAAAUAAACAUUGAUAUUAUCCGCUGAAAUUAUUUUUUUUAAAUUAAUUCUGCCAAGCCUAAAUAUAAAGUUGCAGACCAAAUUUCUGUAGUCAAAUUGAUUCCUUCAAAUCCUUAAGGGUUGCAAUUUUAAACUCAUAUUUAUUGUCUAGCUAGAAAUGUAUUUGCUUUUCAACUAAAGAGAUAGAUUCCAACAUAACUAUCUGCUAUGUAACAGCAUAGGCUCUCCAAAUUAUAGCUCGCUAGUCAAACAGUUGAAUUAAAUUACCAAAAACCACCAGGAGUCCUUGUGGCACCUAAGAGACUAACAAAUUUAUUUGGGCAUAAGCUUUAGUGGGCUAAAACCCACUUCAUCAGCCCAUUUAGCCCAUGAAAGCUUAUACCCAAAUAAAUUUGUUAGUCUCUAAGGUGCCUUUUCAUUUUGCUGAUACAGACUAACAUGAAUUAGCUGAAGCCUGAAUUAAAUUAUUCACUCAUGUGUGGCAGUAGUUUUUCAUACGUAUAUUUGCCCAACAGGGUUUUUUAAAUAAUCUUCACAUUUUUUGCAUAAUGGAAAUGAAAUGAAAUUAAAAAUUAGCAUUUAAAAAUAUCAGGAAGGUAAUGUAUCCUGUAACAUCCUGCACUGCUAAGAGAUGAGAUAAAGAACUUUUUUUUGCUCUCUUGAAGACUGACCAGCUGUCAUCAAGUGAAUCUGGGGUAGCUUGUGCAACAGCAUGUUUCCCUCACAAGCAGUGACUUACUCAACCCCAUCCCAAAGGCCGCUGCCAUGACAAUUGACAGUUUGAGGGAGCUAGUUUCUUUGGGUGGCUGUGGGAAUACAUAGUGCUCAUUUUCAGGCUCGCUCUUGCUGCAGUGGGUUUGCCUCGAUUCUGCAGCUUCAGGAGUUAAGGAUCACCCUUGUCUGACUGGAAAGGGCAUGGUGACCAGCACCAGGUGCUUUAGAGGAAUGGGAGCCCUAUUUUAAGCAGAUGUGGGAUAAUUUUUCCCAUCAUAGGUCUCCACCUGGUCUCUAAUAGUUUUGAGAUUAGGUUAAACCCUGAAGCAUGAGGUUCACUCACCCUUCCAGAAUUAUUAUUGUUAGUUAAAACAACUCUACAUAUUCUUGAUAUCUAUAUAACAAUCCAAACCCUUUGUGAAUCUUCUUAAAUUCUUAGUAGGGAUGUAAAUAACAUUUAAAAAAGUAACCAUGUAACCAAUUAAAAUUCUAUCGGUUACACAUUUAAACAUUUACCUGGGGAACUAGGGGUGCAGGGGGUGCUGCAGCAUCCCCGCAUUUUACACAGGGCUCCGCUGCUGCCCCCACAUCCAGGGAUCUCUGCAGCUGCCAUCGCGUCUGGAGCUCUGAUGUCACCCAUGCCGACAUCUCGGCUGCCAGCCCCACACCUGGAGCUCUACUGUCCCCUGGCAUCCUGCAGCAAAGGCAGCAGCCGGGAUGGACCCCGGCCGUGGGGGCCGACAGCCCAGAGGGACCCUAGCAGCCAGGAGGGAUCCCCGCCAUGGGGUCAGCAGCUCAGAAGGACCCUGGCCAGGUGGCAGCUGGGACCCUGGGUGGAGUUUAACCAUUAACAGAAACCUGUUAAACUCUUACACCCCUAAUUCUUAGCCUCAAUGACUUCCUGUGGCAAUGAAUCCUACAGUAUAAUCAGCAUUGUUUCUUUGUCUGGCCUAGCUAAGGAUCUUAACAGCAACAGUCAUUUGCUCUACAGUCUGUAGCAACUGUUCAGCCGCCCCCAUCCCUCACCUCACAGAGAGAAAAAGACAAAAGGCUAGAUCCGCAAAGGAAUUUAGUUGCCUAAGUCCAAUAUUUAGAUCCUCGAAACCCUCACUCUGCCUAACCCUGUAAGUGCCUACAUUUCUGUCAGUGGGCAUCUACAAAGCCACCUAAAUCAUUGUGCCAUGAGCAAUGUGGCAUCUAUGGCAACCACCCCUCUUUCUCGCUGUUUCCAUCAAUUCACUUCAAUAGUGGGAGCAAAGAAAGCUGCCAUUGAAUUGGCGAAGGGGUCCCAACCUAAGAAGUUUGAUCAGAUAGCUGAGAGCAUGUGAUGAGAAAAACAUUGCUUUGAAUUUAACAUAGUCGGUUAAGUUAGGCACCAAUUGCAUUUUAUCUUUAUUUAUCUUGUAACUAUUUCUGACUUUUAUGCCUCAUUACUUGUACUCAUUUAAAAUCUCUCUCUUUGUAGUUAAUAAACUGUUUUAUCUAAU